AACUUGAAGCGUCGCUGGCGACGAGCGCGUUUGCAACGGUAACGAAAGCACAACAACAACAAAAUAAGUGUGCUAAUGAUCGUGACAAUAUAUGUACGAAUAUAUAACAGAUAAUAAAAUAUAUCGCAAUUUUGCGUUUCAAUAUUUGUCAAGUAUAACAAUGCGAAAACUCAGACGUAUAUAAAAAACAAAAGCAUAAUACCCUGUGAAUUCUAGCAACCGGAUACAACCUCAAAAACAAAGUAAACACACAACUCAAGCGAAAACUACUUAAAAACAAAGUAAGCAAAACAAAUUUGAAUAAGAAAACAAACACACAAAUUAAUUUGAAACGAUUUUCGAAUAUCACGCAGAGAGACACGAGACUGGAUUUGAUAAAGCAACAAUUUCUAGUUAACUUGAAUACACAGUUCGUUACACAAAUGUCUCAGGCUAAGAAUUAAGCAUAAUGAUGACGAUGAUGACGUUAAUGAUGAUGAGAACGAUGAUGACAAUGACACGCGUACACUAAUUAUGAUAAAUGCAUCAGAAGGGCAAAAACCGAAGCUCAAAUUCUCAAAACACAAAUACAGAUACACACACAGAUACACACACACAGAUACACACACAAAGAACUUUCGCAGAAGGAAUUUAAACAAAAGCGAAAAAUAGCAAAACAAUGUCAAAAUAUCAAAAACUUGACAGCGCUUUAGCAGCCACAAUGCAUGAUGAUGAUUAUGAUGAGAGUUUUUCACUUUACUUGGAUGAUAAUCAGCAACAACAACUAGAGCAACAACAGCAACACAACAACAACAACAGCGAUCACAUAAGACUGAAUAUUGUGGGUUCAAAUCGCAGUGCACACAAGCCAAAUGGUCACCAUAAAUACAACAAUUUAAGCAACAAUAACAUUGACUUUAAUUCGACAAGAACAACAGCAACAGCAACAACAACAACAACAAGGGGAGACGCCUUGGAACUGGAUGAACAUACGUGGGAGGUGCCCCUUUUACGCAGCAGCAGCAGCAACAACAGUUGCAACAAUUUGCACUUGGAACAUGAAGCAACAGCAGCUGCUGGCGGGGAUGGGGGUGGGAAUGGGAGUGGGGACAGGGAAUGGACGAGGAGGGGUUGUCGCAGUUCACAGCCCGGCUUUGGAGCGAACCUUAAAAGCAAAUCGGCGCAGGAAGCGAAAUUUAAAAUUCUGCUUGCAAUUUCGCUCUGUUGCAUAUUCAUGAUCAUUGAAUUCCUUGGCGGUUAUAUGGCCGGAAGCCUCGCCAUUAUGGCAGAUGCCGCACAUUUAGCAUCUGAUUGCAUUAGCUUCGUCAUCGGUCUGGUUGCAAUAUGGUUGGGCACUCGACCGCCGGACUCACGCAUGUCCUUUGGUUACAAACGCUUUGAGGUUCUGGGUGCCUUGGUCUCAAUUCUGGGCAUUUGGCUGCUUACUGCAAUGCUUGUUGUUGUUGCCAUCGAACGCAUCUAUUCACAGCAAUUUGAACUGGAUGUUAAUGUUAUGAUGUGCAUAUCGGCCAUUGGCAUUGGCAUAAAUAUUAUCAUGAUGUUCGUAUUGCAUGGCUCCUGGUUUAUGGGAGGCAGUGGCCAUGGACACAGUCACAGUCACAGUCACAGUCACAGUCAUGGAUAUGGACAUGGACAUGGGCAUGACCACGCCCAGGGAAAUGAGGAAGGCCAUAAUGUUGUUAUAGCCAAUGGCUUAAAGCCAAGUCAACACAAUGGUACAACGGAACGUAAUUUAAAUCUGCGCGCUGCAAUGAUUCAUGUUAUUGGCGAUCUGGUUCAGAGCAUUGGCGUCUUUUUGGCGUCCGUCUUAAUCAAAUUUUAUCCGAGUGCCAAGUAUGCGGAUCCACUUUGUACGCUGCUCUUCUCCGUAAUUGUGGUUAUGACAACGGUGCAGCUGUUUCGAGAAUCCAUUUCCAUUUUGCUGGACGCGGUGCCACAUCAUGUCUGCCUCAAGACACUGCAACACGAGCUGGCCAGCAUAACGGGUGUCAAAUCGGUGCAUCAUCUGAAUGUCUGGCAGCAUACGAGUGAGCAUAGUGUGCUUAUGGCACACUUAGUUGUUGACCUGCUGUGCGACUCGGAUACGGUGCUUGAGUUGGCAACGCAAUUGACCUGCGGCAGUAAAUACAACAUCAAACAUGCGACUAUACAAAUCGAACGUUUGACUGAGUAAUUCAAUUAUGAAAUUAGCAAAUAGCUUAAUUAAGUUUUAUACCUCCAGACAUAACUACAAAAAAAAAAAAAAAACAACAUCAAACAUCAAAAAACAACAACAACAACUACAACAUAUUCUGAUAGACCAAAGUCUGCUGUGUGCUACAGUUAUCAAAAAGCACCUUCAUGUGAUUAUAUGUAUAUUUCUUAUUGUAUUCGUAUAUAUUUGUAAAUUUAUUUUAUGACAUUUUAGAUAAACGUUAUUUUUAUGAUA